GCAGAACAUGAUGCCUUCAUAGGUGGGUUCUUCUCAUGGCAUUCAACCUACACCUGCCCCAUCUCCCUGCUUCAGUAUGAAGGGAAAUUUGCCCCCCAGUGGGAGGAGCUUGAUGCAGGCUGCAGCACAACCAGAUUUUAGAAUGUCAGUGUUCUCUGCAACAUCCAAGACUGUGACUCUCAGAUGGACCAGGGACCCCAGAGCCACCUCAUACAAGAUCACCGCAACUUCACCAACCAAACCCGACGCUUUUGUAUCAUUUGGUCCAAAUACAGUGAUGGGCUCUGUCACUUCGCUGUCUCCAAACAUCAUGUAUAACUUCAUAGUUGAAGCUCUGAGCGGUUCCGAUGUACUCAGCACUGCAUCUACUAAGUCAUCAACAGCCCCUGAUAUGAUGGACCCCAUUCAGACAGUGAAGCCACAGGAAAGCACAACCUUGACUGUGGAGUUUAACUUGAGGACCGGGGCGACUCAUUACAUCAUACGUGUCGAGAAUGACGACGGCUUCUUCAGAGAGGACACAGCGUCCUCCUCUCCAGCUGAGAUUCGGUCUCUCAUGCCGUACACUGAGUACUCGCUCAGCAUCAUGGCUGUGAACAGCGCAGGGCGCAGCCAGCCAUCACUUCCUGUAACUGCAAAGACGGUUUUGGCUCCACCUCAGCUUUCAUCCUCGUCGCCGAGCAAUGAAAGCAUCGUUUUAUCCUGGGACCCUGUUGCUCAUGCUGUCCAAUACACCCUAUCCAUAUACAAGUUUGGCUCAAACACAAGCAUGGACAUGUACAACACGUCUAAAACCAAUCUGACCUUCUCUGGCCUGGAUGCUGGCUCACUCUAUACCAUAACGGGUUUCGCUUGGGAUCCCGAAGGUCGAGAGGGAGAAAGCUUGUACAUCAACCAGACCACACGACCUCAGGCGCCACCUUCUGUCAACGUGUCUGUGGUGAUGAAUAACGGUGUGGCUGGACUCUUGGUGUCCUGGGAGCGGGACCAGGAAGUCUAUAGACCCACUGAGAACCAUGUGAUGAGUGACCUGAACUUCACAUGCAACACCACAUCCAGCUCCUGCACCCUGUCUGCAGUGGGAUGCGGAGAGGUACACACCAUCCAAGUCAUUGCCUCAAACGAGGCUGGGCCCAGCUACCCAUCUAGUGCUGUGGUCUUCAUUACCUUCCCCUGCCCACCUCAGUCUUUGGCACUUGUGGAGUCAUUAGAAGGAAACUGCACUCUAACGUGGAAGACGGUGUCUCACGCUGACAGCUACACGGCCUUCAUCAAGACAGAUAGCAGCAGUGUGGAGACCUGCAACACCACCAGCAACAAUUGCACCUAUCACUGCCAGUGUGGCCACACAUACCUGAUGUCUGUGCAGGCGUUCAACAACGCCGGCAGCAGUCCUCAAGGACAAGUUCUCAACUACACCACCUUGCCAUGUUGUCCAGAGGAUGUAUCUGUAUCGACGGUGAGCACCGACACUCUGGAGAUCAGGUGGAUGCCCUCGCGGGGGGCAGUGCUGUAUGAGACUCGGGCUGCACACAGUUCAGAGGUCAUUCUCUGUAAUGACACAGCACCAGUGUGCGCCCUCUCUGACCUCAGUUGUGACACAGCCUACAGUGUGGUGGUGAUGCCCUGUAAUGAAAUCAGCGGAUGCAACAGUGCUUGUAAAGCUCACACCAAAGACACAGCUCCCUGCAUGCCAAUGAAUCUGAUGCUAAAUCAAAAGAACUCCUCCCGUGUCACUGUCAGCUGGACUGCAAAUAACAGGGCCGCUAAUUACACUGUAAGCGCCAAUGGAGAUGAUGACAAACACAUCUGUACCACCAAUGAAAACAGCUGUGACAUCACUAACCUUUCCUGUGGCUCCACCUACGAAGUGAGUGUCAUAGCAACCGGUGCCGCUGGUCAGAGUUUACCCAGCUACUCUGAGUAUCUAGAAACAGAACCGUGUUGCCCAGUGAAUCUAACAGUGGAUCAGGUGACUCAGGCAAUGACCAACGUCUCGUGGUCUCGCGCCAAAGGGGCACGCUCAUUCAUCACCUCUCUGACAUCAUCACGCGGUCAUGCCCGCUGCCAUACCCAGGACUCCCACUGCCUCAUGGGAUGCAUCACCUGCAGCACCAACUAUACUGUCACCGUGGAGGCGUUUAGCCACAGCGGACACAAGUCCAACUGCACCUAUCAGGGUUUCUCGUCCAGUCCCUGCUGUCCAUCACGUGUCAAGCUAUACAGGAAGACAAAUAACACACUGGGGGUUUACUGGAGCAGCACUGGGAGCAGCAACAGCUACAUCGCAGAGAUGGUGGUGAACAACACCAACUACAACUGCACCGCAUCUCCUGGAGAAAACAGCUGUGAGUUUGGCAGCAUCCAGUGCGGGGACAUCGAUCAUGUGGUGGUUGCUCCACUCACACCAGAGGGCAGCAAAGUCCCUUUCUGCCCUAAGAGACUGUACUCAGUCACUUGUUCAGGAGUAGACAUUGGCACAGUGAUUUACAGAGGGAAGAGAAGUGCGGACUAGUCUCAUGAAAACAUGUUCAUCCUCCUCUUCCUCAUGCAUCAGUGGAAGGAACCCAGCUUCAUAAAUAUAUAGAGGAACAACUGAUAACCACAAAUGUUUAGACAUGAAACAUACUGGAAUAACGAGAGAUCAGCGUUUAGGAAACUGUUGUUAUAGGAUGGUCAUGUGGCAUUAAAAAAAAGCAAAACCACAGUCUGCCCCAGCGUUCAGGAUCGAGCCCUUAUAUAUAUUUGAAAAACAGAUUAUGGGUACAGCAAGGGCAAGGGUUAAAUUC